AUGAAGGGUGUGAAAGGGAAACUACUGAAGAAGCUCAAGACAAUGAAGAGUAUUGGGUACCUUAAGCCCGAACGAAUUCUCCAGGUAAAUGCAUUAGUUGAUGGCUACUUUAACCACACAUCCCCGCAAAAAUCGCCCAAGAAUGUCAAUUUAUUGGUCCAAGAACCCGAGAUAAUUGAUGUGGCAGAGCUGAUGAAAGAUCUGGACUCUGAUGAUGAUGAUGAUGGUGAGACGUUGAUUGUGAGCAAAAACAGCGACAAAGAGAAUGUUAGGCCGCUGGACGAUUUCAGACGGCCGGAUCCGAAUUCGAGGACCCUUUUCGACCCUCAUCUUCUGGCAGCCUUCGAGCGGGCGGUCACAGAUGCCAGGGUUGCACGAGAGGUCGGCAGAAGAUCGAUGAUAAAUGUUGGGAAAGGAAAAAAAACAUUGGAUCCUCUGACAGAAUUCGAGGAGAGGUGUCCGGGCGGUGGGAGUUUGGUGAUUGUAUACACGACGAGUCUGAGAGGGAUCAGAAAGACUUUCGAGGAGUGCCAGAGGGUUCGGUCGUUGCUGGAGAAUCUGAGAGUGUGGUUUGUGGAAAGAGACAUUUCGAUGCACGCGGUUUUCAAGGAGGAGCUGUGGGGGGUGUUGGGGGAGAGGGCGGUGCCCCCGAGGGUGUUUGUGAAGGGGAGGUAUGUGGGAGGGGCAGAGGAGGUGUUGGGGCUGCACGAGCGCGGGGAACUUAGGCCACUCAUGCUCGGAAUCCCCACCCAAGACAAGAUGAGGGGGCCUUGUGUCGCCUGCCUUGGCUUUAGAUUCAUCGUCUGUCUCACUUGUCAUGGCAGCCGCAAAGUCGUGCCGCUGGAGGGGGGUCGAGACGUUUGCUCCCAGUGUAACGAGAAUGGGGUGAUUGUGUGCCCUUUGUGUUGUUGUUGA